CAUGAGUAUAAGGAAGGAAAUUUGAACUGUCCGAAUAUAAGCAUGUUCAGUGAGUUAUAAUCAUGAUAUAACAGUUGGAUAACUAUUAUGUCUUGCUGAAUCAAUUUCAUCUAAACCUUAACUACAUACCCUAUUUAGUCACUUCCUGACUCAGUAAUGGGAAAUCACAAUAUGUAGCAAUUUCAUAGCUGGCAUGAUGACUUCAUAGCUUGCAGACUUUCUUUGGACUGGAAAAUUCUGCUGAAUGACUAGAAGGUGUUGGACCAAGAACCAUCUGAGGUACCACGCCCACAAAGGAAAGUUUAAUGUUGAUUGAGCUUUUUGGUGAAUUUUUGGAUGAAGCCAUAAAAUUAAUUGCUUGCCAUCAUGAGCAGAAGCAAGCGUGACAGCAAUUUUUAUAGUGUAGAGAUUGGAGAUUCUACAUUCACAGUCCUGAAACGAUAUCAGAAUUUAAAACCUAUAGGCUCAGGAGCUCAAGGAAUAGUAUGUGCAGCUUAUGAUGCCAUUCUUGAAAGAAAUGUUGCAAUCAAGAAGCUGAGCCGGCCAUUUCAGAAUCAAACUCAUGCUAAGCGGGCUUACAGAGAGCUAGUUCUUAUGAAAUGUGUUAAUCACAAAAAUAUAAUUGGCCUUUUGAAUGUGUUCACACCACAGAAGUCCCUAGAAGAAUUUCAAGAUGUUUACAUAGUCAUGGAGCUCAUGGAUGCAAAUCUUUGCCAAGUGAUUCAGAUGGAACUAGAUCACGAAAGAAUGUCCUACCUUCUCUAUCAGAUGCUGUGUGGAAUCAAGCACCUUCACUCUGCUGGAAUUAUUCAUCGGGACUUAAAGCCCAGUAAUAUAGUAGUAAAAUCAGACUGCACUUUGAAGAUUCUUGACUUUGGACUGGCCAGAACUGCAGGAACUAGUUUUAUGAUGACACCUUACGUAGUGACACGCUACUACAGAGCACCUGAGGUCAUCCUGGGGAUGGGCUACAAAGAAAACGUGGAUUUAUGGUCUGUGGGCUGCAUUAUGGGAGAAAUGGUUUGCCACAAAAUCCUCUUUCCAGGAAGGGACUAUAUUGAUCAGUGGAAUAAGGUUAUCGAACAGCUUGGAACACCAUGUCCUGAAUUCAUGAAGAAACUCCAACCAACAGUAAGGACUUAUGUUGAAAACAGACCUAAAUAUGCUGGAUAUAGCUUUGAGAAACUCUUCCCUGAUGUCCUUUUCCCAGCUGAUUCAGAACACAACAAACUUAAAGCCAGUCAGGCAAGGGAUUUGUUAUCCAAAAUGCUGGUCAUAGAUGCAUCUAAAAGGAUCUCUGUGGAUGAAGCUCUCCAGCACCCAUAUAUCAACGUCUGGUAUGAUCCUUCUGAAGCAGAAGCUCCACCACCAAAGAUACCUGACAAGCAGUUAGAUGAAAGGGAACACACAAUAGAAGAGUGGAAAGAAUUGAUAUACAAAGAAGUUAUGGACUUGGAGGAGAGAACCAAGAAUGGCGUUAUCCGGGGACAGCCCUCUCCUUUAGGUGCAGCAGUGAUCAGUGGCUCUCAGCAUCCAUCGUCAUCGUCGUCUGGCAAUGAUGUGUCUUCAAUGUCAACAGAUCCGACUCUGGCCUCUGAUACCGACAGCAGUCUGGAAGCAUCAGCUGGACCUCUGGGCUGUUGUAGAUGACUACUUGGGCCUUGGGGGGGAGGUGGGGAACGGGGAGUCGCUUAGUCAUUGAUAGAACUACUUUGAACACAAUUCAGUGGUCUUAUUUUUGAGUGAUUUUUCAAAAAUGUAGAGUUCAUUUUGUAGUAAAGUAGUUUAUUUUUUUUAAUUUUCAAGUGCUGUAAUUUAAAACUUAUGUUGUGUUUAAAAACAGCAACAAAACUGUAUUGUAUUUUUUGCUGUAAUUAACUGUAUAAUGUAAACCUGAUUAUUUUAUCAUGGUUUAAAUUUUUUGCAUAUUUGCUUUAUCUUAUGCUGCUGAUUUUUUUUUAUGAAUUUUUAAGAUUUUGUUUAUCAAAGCAACUAUUAUGUGGUGACUUGCCUAUAUCAUGAAUUAUUUAAGAUUUUUAUAGGUUUUUUUUUAUUAGAAUUUAUUUCAGAUGUUUUGUUCAUGAUACUAUCCUUCAGGGUUACGUGCUUAUCAAUGAAAUAACCCCAGAGGAGUGAGGAAAAUUACCUGUAGCCAAUUACAUUCAGGAAUAACUGCUGUAAAUGAUGAACAUGUUACGAAACCUCCACUAUUUGCUACUUGCCAAUCCUAAUUCAGUUACAACAAUUGGUAGAUAAUUCUACAUGAGUUUUGACAAAAGCCCCAUCUAAGUGUCAGAAUCACUCAGAGCACGUCUUUGAAGAUGCUGGGCGUCUGUCACUACCCUCCCACUCCCCCACCCCACCCACAGCAGUAAAGUGAAAAGAAUGUGGUGUAUUCUGCAAAUUUGUGGCAUGCUCAGAGCUUUAUGAUCACAUGAAAUCAAGAGGAUACUUCAUGAAUAAUACAUUUCAAUGCAAAUAAACAGAUGGUUCACUUCUCCUAGCUAUGAGCCUGUUUUUGUCCACCCUGAGUUCCUCUGUACUCAGGCUGUAGGUCCCAGCAUCAGUCUAGAGUCUGGUCUUUCCCUUUCCUGCAGCCUCGGGCUUUGGACCUUUGGGUUUCCUGUUACUUGGAGGUUCCGGAGCCCACUUAGAUUUCUCUAGGCGAGGUAUCGAAAUAGCAAUAUACCGUUCAUCUGAAAAUAGCACACAGCCAUAUGUAGGUAUCAUUUUCUUAAGGACUUUCUUCACACUGAGCAGAGCAGGCAUACAUGGUGGUUAUUGAGUCUGAGUCUUUGUUUUUUAAAUACCUGAUUAUCAGUACAACACACAACCUGGAUGUUGAGGAGUGUUAAGAACGGUGCUGCUCCUGACAAGUGUAUGUUAACUGUUUACAUUUUAUAUCUGCAGAAUUAUUUCUCUAUAACUGACUUUUCCUAAGUAAAAUGUCAUUGAAGUCUCAUGAUGUCUGAAAUACACUGUUUGGAAUGACCCUUGGCACCUUCUGUCGUCUUUGGAAUGGGGCAUUUCACGCAGUGAAAUGAGAAGUGCUCACUGGGUCAGCAGCAAGGCUCCGGGCAGAUGCCUGUCGGGGUUUGUGGCCGGCAGGUGCGAGAGUAGGUGCGGCUGGCACGCCUGGGCCGCAGGUCUGCGCGGCAUGGACUUGUGCCCUUACUGCAGAAUGCCUUUGGAGGGAGGCAUUUUAGGUCAUUGUUAAUGUGCAAUAUUUCAGAUGAAAACCAUUAUUAGCCUUUUUUAUAUGUUUUGAAAUAGCCAGUUUGUUUUUGAGGGUUUAAAGUCUUGAUUUCCAGCCUCUUUUGAAGCUGUCAUCCUUUUUAUCAGACCCUUUUCUACUCAUACAACAUGGUGCAUUAUUUUUUAGGAAAAUUAGAAUUUUGAGACUAUUUGUAGCACCUUUUAAAUCGUGCGAACAGGAUUGGAGUCACAAUUUUAGCAGAAGUUGAGCCUGAGUGUUUUCUUAGUUUAUAUUAGUUUGGCAGUUGGUUAGCUUUGUUUUCUCUAGGAUAGAUUAUUUCACUAUUGCACUUUAACAGCUGACAUGCUUUCAGAAGAUGCCCAUAUUUUAGAUUUGAUUGCUGAUAAGCCAUCUCUGUGGAUGCAGAUUUUGGUUAUGCGAGGAGAGCCAGGUAUUCUUGCUGUGUCCUUGGGGGUAGCUGCCAGCUCCCGUUUGCCAGUCAGCACGUUUAGUUGAAUUCAGAGCAAAUGAACUCUGAUUCCUUAAUGUAGACUAAAAUACAUGUCGUGCCCUAGGUGUUUAAAAUACCACAUCUGAAUACAGCCUUCCUUCUUCACGUAGAUGAGUUAAGCUAAAUGCAUAUUGGUUCUUUUUAUUUUAGAAGUUUUUUGAAUCUUUAAAACAUAUUAAGCAUUUGUUUUUUUCUUUUUUAAUACAAAUAAGAUGUCUAUCAAGCAGUACUUAGGUAAAGCCACCUUACUUACCUUCUAAUUUUGGUUGUUCAACUUUAUGUACUUAAGAUGCCUGUUGUCUUACUGCCAGAAAAUUAUUUUGACCGAGAUUCAUUAUCCAACUUUGUAGAUUAGGAAAAAGGCACUAAUUCUUUCUACAUGUGUCUUCCCGAUUACUGCUUUCUUACCCUCUAAUGUAUACUGACCAUUUGUAAAAUGAUCAUGUUAUUGAGAUCUCUUAAUUAUAAUAUUCCUAAGUAGAGCAUCUCAAACUCUUCCCCUGCUGUUUGCUAAAUAGGGCUCAUUUGCUCUGCGCCCUCAGCUGCUGGUUGUCCCUGGUACGCACCUCCCAGGUUGCUGUAGUCACCGCGGGCUCACCUCAGUCUCUUACACGAGAAGGCCUUUAACCAUGCAGGGAAGCUGGCUCAGGUGAAACGGCUGGCUUUCUUGUAAGCCUUUUCAUCACUCUUUUCAUUCUAAUCCUGUGUGUUGUCCACAAAGAUGAAGAUAAAGAGAAUAUCACUGCCUAAUAGUGAAAUCAGCAGCAGGCACAUGAAGCUGUUUCCCAGGUUACGGAUAAGACUUGGUUUACAUUAUUGGCCAGUAUCUGCUACAUACAUGAAGAAUUAACUACUCAGUGUUGCCUAGGCACAGACCUGCACAACAUUUUGAGGUAACAACAUAGUAUAUUUUCAGAAAUACUCUUGUAGUUUGUGUGUGUUGUUCAUUAGUCACACCUUAGCUGUGGAGAGGAUGCAUGAAGCCCCGUGACCCCCAGUAAAUUUCUCUUACCAGUAGAAAAAGCAGACGUCACGUCCUGUCUUUAGCAGCCCUCUUAACUAUUGUCUCCCCAUGUCCUUUUACAUGUUAGUGUAGAUUGUGUUUCUACUGAUCUCUUAGGUUUUCCCUCAUCAGGGGAAUCUGAUCUUUCCCUUAAUAGCAAGAAAACUGAAGAGGUAAAGGGCAUUGAAGCAGAAAUGUUUAGUUUGGGGUACGAUUAGAAAACUCAUAAGGCAAACAAAAGUCCUAAUAAAUUUCAAACUAACCACUUUUAGUUAAGUGCUCUUAAGGCGAGUCUGGUAAGAGUAACACUUUCCUGACCAUUUCUGGGAUAGAGUCUCUUGGUUACUGGAACUUUGGAGAAAUAUUACCUGUGGAUUAGUUUUGCACAAUGUUCUAUUCUCAUAAUGACUUACAAAAUAAACUAGGUUUUUAUUGAACUACCUCACACUAAUUUUCUAUGCUUUCACAAGUAAGCUGUUGCCCAUCCUGUUAGAUCUUUCCUGAGUGUGAAUUCUCAAUGUGUGUUCAGUAAGCACUUCAUAGCCAGCGCUGGCACAGUUCCAGAAAGUAUGUAAGAGGCACACUGACAGUAAGAGACACUCGUGUAAAAUCUUUCACUGUGUAUCUUGGAAAGUUGUGUUAGAUGUGCUCAUAGAAAUUAUUGCUGUCUGUUUUUGUAAGUAGGAACCUGCUCGUGAUUUCAGUCCAUUCUUUACAUUUUACAAAAGGAAUAAAUCUUAGUAAAUUUUACGAAGAAAUAAAUUACUUUUGUAGGCCCGAUAUUUGGUAUAUUUUUGAGAAGCUCUUAAUCUUUUAGUCGAAUGGUGAAGUUCAGCUGAACCAGCUGGAUGCCUGGACUGGGACAUCUGUUUUCUCAUGACAGUUCAUCCUGUUCAACAGGUUUGAAAACCUGAAAGCCUGCAUAUGAUAAUUGACCUUUGGUUUUCUACCCAUCUGAUGCCAUUCCUUCUUCAUUCCUCUCCCUUACCUGCACUCCAUCCCCUCCCCUCUCCUCUAGAUGAAACAAAAUGGGGCACUUUGUAGAGAAUGCUGAGAUAAUUAUUGUGGUUUUUAAUCAUCCAUGCCCUAGUCAUUAAACCUACACCACUGGAAUGUAACAUUGUUAUCUAGUAUGUCAAUUGGUUAUAAUAUUUUAAAUAAAAAAGAAAAAAGUGGUAUGAAAA